GCGUGUACUGUUUCCGGUUUUUAGCUUCACUUCCUGCUCGCUUGUUUUCGACUUCGCAGAGUUAGCUAGGUUAUCUAAUAAUAUAGUCUACCGAUCGUGACAGUUAUAAUUUUAUCGUUGAAGAGAUAAUAAUGUCAGGAGGAACCCGCCUUGAAAACGCCAAUCCUCUGAUAUUUGAGCGAUCGGGGGAAAGACUCCUGACUGUCGCCGAUGAAGACGAGGAUGUGGCUGAUCCCAUCGAUGACAGGGAGAUAUUCGAUCUGAUCAGAUCAAUCAAUGACCCUGAGCACCCUCUGUCCCUCGAAGAGCUCAAUGUGGUGGAACAGAUGCGCGUCAAUGUGAAUGAUGAGGAGAGCACUGUGUCUGUGGAGUUCACUCCGACCAUCCCACACUGCAGCAUGGCCACACUCAUUGGCCUGUCCCUCAAAGUCAAGCUUCUGCGCUCACUUCCUGACAGAUUUAAGAUUGAUGUUCACAUCACGCCUGGCACACAUGCCUCAGAGGAUGCAGUCAAUAAGCAGCUUGCAGACAAAGAGAGAGUAGCAGCAGCUCUGGAGAACUCUCAGCUGCUGGAGGUGGUCAACCAGUGUCUGUCCACCAGAUCCAUGUGAUCCGAGUCGUGUAGUACUUUGAUAGACCAGUACUCAACUCCUACAUGCAAGCCAGAGUUGAGAGAUAAUUACAACUUGAAAAUGUUUUGCUUAUAUAUAUAUAUAUAUAUAUAUAUAUGUAUGUAUGUAUGUAUGUAUGUAUGUAUGUAUGUAUGUAUAUCUAGUGCUGUGCUUGACGAACAGCACCAGAUCAGGAGCACUGUUUAGUGCUUAUAAAGUAAGAGAUGCAUCCAAAUUAAGUUUAAAAAUGUGACGGAAAAAAGUAAAAGAGAAUUUAUGUGGAAACAGUAUUUUGUCCUGUUUGAAAGCAUGUGGAUACAAAAAGAAACGUUAUUCUGUAUUUAUGCCGUAUAAUUGUGAAUAUUUAUAAAAUGACUUUAAUUUUAGAAGGUUGUGGACUUCUCAAAGAAAAUGAAUGUUGGUCAAAAUCGAGAAAGUGUACAACAGAAAUAAUUUGCACUGCUGUGUUUUUUUUUUUUUUUUUAUCUUGUUUUUGGCAAUAAAAAACACUGAAAUAUA